AUGGUAGAAGCACCUUGUGAGUUGGAUAUGACGUCGUUUCCGAUGGAUGUUCAGCGAUGUACGAUGACUUUCGAAUCGUACUCGUUCAACGUUGGUCGAGUACGUCUUGACUGGUUCGAGACUGGGGUCAUCUUUGAUAUUCAGGGCAAGCUCCCGGAUUUUGAGUUGGCACGAUAUACGUGGCAAAAACAAAAGUUUUAUUAUCCUGCUGGUCAGUGGGACCAAUUGAAAGCGACAUUUUAUUUCCGACGAACCUAUGGCUAUUAUAUACUUCAGUUAUAUAUGCCCACUUACACCUCAGUAUUCAUCAGCACCGAUUAUGAAGUAUUAAUUGGCUUCAUUUUGGAACGAGACGACUGUUUCAGCUGGAUUGCGUUUUGGCUCGAUCCAAAAUGUUUGCCAGGAAGAAUUACACUUGGCGUCUCCUCUCUUAUGGCUCUCACAUUUCAGUACGGUAAUGUGGCCCGAAGUCUACCGAAAGUGUCUUACGUGAAAGCCUUGGACGUAUGGAUAUUUGCGUGCAUGGGAUUUAUUUUCUUUUCAUUAGUUGAAUUAGCGAUCGUUGGUCAUGUUGAUAAACUAGCUACGAAGGAGAAGAAGAAACUGAGUGGUCGAUACGAUGGUCGAAGGAGGAACAAUCGAGUGGAUUUGAGAAUGCAAAACAAUGUUAGUGAACAAACGACAUCGUUCUUUAAUUCGCCAACUGACAUUCGUCUAGCGUCGAAUCGUUUGAACGAAAAUAGUUCAACGGAAUUGAAAAGGAGGAGUAUAUCGAUGUCACCACAUCCGUUAAUAAUGAAAUCCAGUGCGUUGAGACGUCUUGAUCGUGAAAGAUAUCGAGAUACAGCCAAUGAGCAGAAUAUGAUGAAAUGGAGGCAGUUGGAAUGGACUGGUGAAAAGGUAUGUGUACUUACAUCAUAA